AUGACAGUUUUCAGCAUUGCACUUAAUUUGUUUUACACAAAAAUAGUGUUGAUUUACAUAUGUGUGCUAUAUUUUUUAUUUAAUUAUUUACAAAAAAAAAUUAGAUUGUGUUUAAUGCAAAUAUUAAACCUGAUACCAUACAUUAUAAUAGAUGAUCGAAAUACAUAUGUAUCGUCUACAUGUGUGUGUUGUGAUUUAUCUAGUAAACUAGCAUUAUAG